UUCAUUCUGUGAAUACGUUUUCUGUAUAACGGUUAGGCGAACAAGUGGUGUAAAAUAAAAAUGACAGUACCAAAAAAAAUAUGGUCAAGAUUUUCCCCGAAACAGAGAAAUAUCAAAUUGUGUAUACUAGACGCACCAGAAGAUCGGAUUGAUCAAGCUUUAGACCUAUAUAUGGGUUAUUUUUUGGCCGAAGAACCUUUUUCCUUAGCCUCAGGUAUACACAAUAAUGAAAAGGCAAAAGCCGAGUAUCGAAGUUAUAAGUAUCACGAAUCGAAACAACUUAAAAAACUACACGUAAUGAUCUGCUGUGUGGAGAAUGAGAAUGAAACAGGUCUUGGAGAAAUUGUUGGCGUAUCGUUUUCUUUGCUGACAACAACCGAAAGUCCUUUAGUGAUAACGCUUAAACCAGAAACAAAAGAACUGCAGAAGCUUAUGGAGUUGUGGGAUGGCAUGAUAGAACUGUUUGAUGUGCUAAAAGCCCUAAAAGUAAACAAAUGCUAUGAAGGCAUGGGCAUUAUAGUACAUCCCGACUACAGAGGAUUGGGUAUCGCACAGGAGUUUCUGAGGGCCAGGAGGCUUUUGGCUAAAGAACAUGGAGUUCCAAUAACUGUAGGCUGGAUGUCUUCAACCGGUACUCAGAUCGCUGCGCAGCGUGAGGGUUACGAAACUGUGUUUGAAUUCAGUUUUGAAGAGUUUGGGAAGAAGCAUGGAGUAACCUUCGAAAACUCCCCUGAGACAUGCAAGAUUAUGAGAGCGCCAGCACUGUAGGAACAUUGUUUUUGAUGAAUUAAAUAAAAAUUAAAUAACCGAAU